UCACACUCCAUGUAUACUUAUAAUUGAGCUUCAAUUUCUCACAUGGCGAACGCUUACUAUUUUCACAACACCCCCCCCUACUACCACCAAAACCCUUAUUCCCAGGCACACCACCCCAGCUCCCACGCAGCGCAACCCUUCCCCCUCCACCUCUGCUUCUUCCUCCUCACCCUCUUCCUCUUCAUCGCCUUCUCGUGGUACAUGAGCUACGAGUCGGCCCUCGAGAGCCUGAUCGAGCAGGUCAAGUUCCUCUUCAUGGUGUCGCCGCUGGUGCUGCUCCUGGUGGUGCACCUGAUGUCGAGCCGCGAGAGGCGGCACGUGCCGUUCUUCGCGCCAUUGCCAGAACACCAGCAGCCUUUCUACUGCAGCCGCGGUCGCGCGGGCGGAUCCCCGUGGGGGGUCGCGCUCGUGCUGGUGCUACUUAUGUUCAUGAUCUCCUACCAGUCUUACUUCCACGAGAGGUGGUUCCCCCUGCUGAGCAGGUGAUCAGGGGCCAAAUUAAUUAAAUAAAUAAACUUGUGUGUGGUUUAUAUAUAUAUAUAUAUAUAUAUGCUUUGUUUUGUAUAAGAAGGGCUAGCUAGGCUUCUUAAUUUGCUUUUCUUAUGGGGCUAAAGAAGAGGGGCAAGAUAUAUACAUGUGUGCUCCACUUUAAUAUUCCUUCCAAAUAUUAAUGCAUUAUGUUAAGUCCUAUGGUAAUAUGUAGAGGUUUCUUUUUUCUUU